GCAGCUGCAGUGUCACCGCAUCACGCUGCACAAGAAUCUAUUCUUCAGCUUCGUCUGCAGCGGAGUGACAAUCAUCGCCUACGAGACUGUGAUCAUGCACGACACGAUCACGAGUCCGGACCCCAUCAAGGAUCGAAACAAGGCUGGUUGCAAGAUCAUCAUGAUUCUAUCGAAGUACUUUCGCAUCACCAACUACAUGUGGAUGUUCUGUGAAGGCUACUACUUACACAAGCUGAUCGCGUCGGCCUUCCACGAGCAGAAAAACCUCGUCGUAUUUUACCUGAUCGGAUGGG